CGGUGUGGCACUUGUUCAAGCUAAAUAACAUCCCAGAAAAUCACAAAAAUAGUAACGAAAAUAGGAUUGCAUCUACUCUAAUAUGCUGCGUGUUCUACGAGGAACGAUCUUGCAAAGAUCGGGYUUAUAUUUUACAAAUCUUCUYCGUUUUCCGGCUCGUCGUUGCAAAACUACUCAUUGCGUCGAUAGUUGGACYGUCUCUACAAUUUCUACAGGGAUUGCCGAAAUUGAAACUCAUUUCACUACCUAUAUUAAGUCUAUAGAUCCUUUGGAAUCGAUAGAAUAUGAUUAUGACAUGAUGAAGCUCUUUGAAGACGACGAGGAUACCAAAGCCCCUGCGCGAGUAUCUUUGAACAUCGCGCUCCCUGAUGACUCAGAUGUUGUAAUCAAUGAAGAAUUCUUUGAUAAAUUGUCUAAAGACAUUUCUUAUAAUCCUCAGUUGAAUAUCAAAAGACGAGAGCAUUAUUUAGUGGUGAAAGGCAAACCGCAGCGUAAAUUAUCCUUUCCUCCUGAAGAUAUCAGCAUCACCAUUGAGGUCCCCCUGCAGUUUAACCUCAARGUAAAUGCCGCAGACGAUGCCGAUGUACAUAUCAAUAACCUUGAAGGUGGCUGGAUUUAUGAUAUCAUAACAGAUAAAGGAAACUGUUAUGUUUCAAGCAUCAAAGGCACUGAUUUACAUGUCAAAACAAACCAUGGAAAUAUCAUUUCAAAGUCAACCUUAUUAGCAGAAUUUGCUACUCUUGAAGCUGGAAACACUGGAGAGAUAUCGGUUGGGAAGUUACAAGGUCGUAAGUUCUGUCUUGAYUCUGAAUCUGGAAAYAUUUCUACUGGUCCACUAUACUUACAGCGGGGAGAARUAAACACAGAAAGUGGAAGUGUAAAACUUGGAGAUAUCCAUGGUAUAAUAGAUGUCAAAGCUCAAGAAGGUGAUAUUUCUGUGAGUUCAGUGACAGGAGACCUCUCUGCUGAKACAAGUGAAGGAAAUAUUAGCAUACACUUGUCUCAAUCUACAAACAUUGAUCUCACAACCAAACAAGGUGACAUUGUAGCAACAAUUGAAAAGUCUCAACAGCCCACAACUGUCAAUGCUAAAGCAAAAGAAAUCAUAUUUGGUUCAGAUGUUGAUGUUGCUAAGAGCAGUGAGGAUACAGGAGAAACCUUUACCACUUUAGAAGCAGCAGUUAAUUCUUCAAACAAACUAGAAGAUAGUGUAUGUAAACUGAAGGCUGAAGCUAAACAAGGGACUUUUAAGAUGGAUCACAGAGAUUGGUUUAGCUCUCUUGGACUUACCAUAACAAACAAACAUGAAACUUAGUAAUAAUAUAAAUACAGAAUAGUCUUCUUUAUGGUUCCCUUCACUAUCUUGAAAGGUAGCCAUGCCUUUGCAUUGAAGCGAGACAACUGUUAAGAUAAACCUUCUUUCACACAUACAUGUACGGACAAUUAUUCACAGGUAUUUAUCAUUGCACCCUCAACAGUUGUCUCGCUUCAAUGUAAAGGCAAGGCUAUCUUUCAAGAUGGCGCAGGUGAAGGAGACUAUUGACAGAACAAUCAAGAAAUUAAACUUUCAGUUUGCAAUAGCUCUUUAUUUUGCUAUAGUAUAUAGUUAGCAAUAUUUUCUAUUUAUUUCUCAUUAUUUUGAAACCAUUGUUGAAUAACAAAACGUUUUUGAAGUUGUGCAUUGAAGCCUGAGUUAUAAGUCCAUUAUGAUUAUUCAGCAUACCCAUUCUUUUUUCUGAUAAAGGUUAAUACCUGAAGUUAUAUGUUGCUGUAGUUUGGUGUCUUCUUUGCAGCUGGGAGACRUAUUUAUUAUAUAUCUUUAUUUUGGUGUUUUGCCAUGUUGUAACAUUUUUUUACCUGGAUAUGUUAGUUGUCUAAGUUUGAGUGUCAAGUUUUCAUUUCAACAAAGAUGUUUGUUGUUGUAGUAA